ACGGGGAUUCAAAGGGAAUUUCUAGAUUUAAAAACAGAUUUAUUACAACUCAAGGAUAUGUAUGACUUCCGCAAACUAUCUGCUUGAGGGACAUGUGGAAUCUAUAGCUUUUGCUUUGUACCAUCGUCAGGAUUUAUUUGCUACAAACUGAACAGGAUGCAUGUUACUCGUCAAAAGUUUACAUUGUUCAACUGCUGUAUCUUAAUAUCAUUUGCAACUACAGUUGCGCGAAACUAUUGCGUGAAAAGACUUGUGAAUGGAAUAAUACGAUGUUGCACAGGCUUUAUUUGGAACAACACUAUUGGAGAUUGCAUUGGUACGAAAGCUUGCCCUCUAGGAUAUGUCGGUCUACAAUGUGAAAUUCCAUGUGUCUACCCUCUGUAUGGCUUAGAGUGCCAAAGUGUCUGUAACUGCUCCCGUGAGUUCUGCUUGAUAUCAACUGGGUGCACCAAAUAUGUCACGUCAACAGAACACUAUAAAACAAGCAGCCAUACUGAGAGACAGACUGAUUUAACCACAUUGGUUACAUACGAAAAAUUGACCACAACUGACUCCUUUUCACCAAUUCUUUAUCAUACCUCUAAACGUAGUUUAUUCACUGAAAGCCAUGAUUUAUCGCCAAAUCAAGAAUCAUUUCCAUCAGUGACUAUUGCAGUGUCCAUGGGAUGUCUUAUUUUGAUCAUAUUUUUUCUAACGCUCUUAGUGUGUUUACUGUAUAGGAGACAUAAAAGGUUACGGGAAUAUGUUGAUGAAAAUCGUUAUCUCUCGUGUGCUUUUAAACACACAAAUGAUUUAGGAAGAAAAAAUUUAUCAAGCAUUGAUGAUGGAGAGAUUAAAAUAGCAUUGACAAUCUUUCAAAAGAAGAAGGAAAGUGUCAUUCAUCUAGAACCACACACUGUUUCCCAAUCAUCCAAUCAAAACGUGUCGCACUAUUCUUAUGUUUUACCUUCAAGGAUAAAUCCCGAGAAUCCCGGAAGUAGGACGUCACUGAUUUCGAUAGAGUCGGAAGCUUACGUUACACCUUCUGAUAGAUAUAGCAGCAAGGCGGAGUCAGGAAGUGGAGAAGAGUCAAAUAUAUAUCUCACAGUGCUCAACGAUUAGUUGCAUUGUUCAAUCAUAAAAAAGAGCAAAACUUCCCUAUAUAAUGAUAUACAAUGUACAUGUAGACUUUUGUCAGUUGAAGAGUUGGUCAAAGCAUUGCAUAUAUGUGUCGUAAAAAAUUACUUUGACUACAAGGGCUUGUCAAAAUUUAUUGAGAUUUACUCUUAAUCUUCAGAAACUACAGAUUAAUCCGUGAAAAAUUUACUAGAAUGUAAACCACUUUGCAUUUUUUAUGGCUAAAUGUAAUACGAAUGCCAUUUUUUCAAAAGUUAAGGAAACUUUCAUACAAGUACAUUACUUUCAUUUAUAAUUGAAUGUAGGUAUCUUGUCUCUUAAUUAACGUCUG